CGAGAGUUUCAUUUCCUACAAGCGCAGAGUCCUUCUCUACUGCCGUGUUGUUAUACAGAAGAGAACCAAAGCGAUGGCCACCGAUCUUUAAUAUAUGCAGCAACUACCUAGCGACCAAUCAACGAGCAAAUGAAGCAACGAUAUACUGGAGACACUUCUACUGAUAUCACUCCUCCCGUCAGCGCUAACCCUGCCAGUUGCAUCGAUAUGCCACGACGGAGCUGACAACUAAACACCACACAACACUUUGAAUCCAAGGCCUCCGCUCGACUGUUAACAGUUUCUCUUGGUAACUAAUUGGCCUGGCUCGGGCAACAGACCGAUUCCUGAACGCCGAGAAAGUGGAAGAGAAUAUUCACGGUUAGAUAUCACAACUUCAAGUGAAUGUCAGAAUCUAAUAAGGGGGGAUUUUCUGCGGCGACAAAAGUUGCUUACCGAUACUUGAGGAUGCAUUAGAUCCUCCCACGAGGGCACGACAUACUCGCCGCGUUCAUCGCUACAACGGUUGAAAGUAUUGGCUUGGACACCGACGCCUCUGCGGUAAUAGUGAGAUGAUUGGAGGGUGAAGGACGGCAUGCUUUCCCGUCUACUCAUCCAAAGGUGCCGGUGAACCUCAAUAAUAAUGUCAACCCUUAUACAUAGAUGAGAAUGGACAUUUCACGGUCGUACUUUAUUCAUUGAGUGAAACAUCAGCAGCUAAAUCCAGCUCUGUGAAUUUAAAGAAUUCAGUGGUUCAAUCCAUUCUGUUUCGCCAUGGCGAAUUUGACCAACGGCUGUGACGUCCUCUACCUACUAUCGAACGAGUCUUCCUUGGACUUCUGGACUUACACUGAAACCAGCAAAGUACUGAUCACGAUAAUUCUACCCUGUAUCCUCGUCUUGGGGGUGACUGGAAACCUCAUCUUCCUAUUCGUCUUGUACCGAGUUCGCUGGAUGCGAAGUGAAAUCACAUUCUACCUGAUGAACCUGGCCUUUGCCGACAUCAUCUUCUUGAGUUUCACAGUCGGGGAGAAACUCUGGAUGUAUCUGACUUCUCCUUACAUGGAAGACGUGAGUGGAAUCGGACCCGUGGCAUGCUUUGUGUUCUACCCGGUCCAGGCAAUGGCGUACUUUGCCUCCAUCGCUGUGGUGACGAUCAUCUCGUACGAGCGUCUGCAGGCAAUUUGUCGCCCGAUGGGGAAGAUCAUGACCAGACAGAGGCAUCACUCUAAGAGGCUAGCGGCCUGCUCCUGGUUCCUAGGAGGUGCUUUCUCCUGUCUCCUCAUCCCCGGCAAGAGUGUGGUCAGAACCUACUGCGUAGAAUGGGAGAUCUACAACUUCACUAACACCAGUAGUGUCCCACCUUACCCUGAUCCGAUGUUACUUUGUGAUCCCCUGUGGUCCUGGUCUGCUAUGUUCGCUAACUGUCUACAGACUGUCCCUUUCUUUAUGGCCAUGGCAGGUAACUCCAUCAUGUACUUCAAGAUCAUCCAGUCCCUGAACAGUACCAAAGCCAACGCUAAUACUGCGGACCUGCGGGCUCGCACCUUGCGAGACCGCAACAAGGUGACCCGCAUGCUGGUCGCCAAUGGCAUCAUCUUUUUCUGUUGUCUCGCACCGUUCCAAACAGCGUCUCUCCUACGGGCCUUUUUCAACAUCGAAGUCCUUCAUUUCGAGGCAGUGAGUACCGUCCUCAUGUAUUUCAACUCGGCCGUUAACCCAAUUGUAUAUAACUGUACCAACUCCCGCUAUCGGAUGGCUUUUAGACUUGCCUUUACCACGGGUCCUAUGAGUUCUAGGACAAGACGCUUUCGCUCAGUAUUGUCAAUGGAGGAAUAUCGUAGAUCAAGCGUCGUGCUAUGAUGAGGCAUAAUUACACACAUUCAUAUUUGAAUGUUAUAAGAGCAUUCGUGGCACUAUUAUCCCACACUAAAAUGGCUUAUAUUGCGCGUAUUCUAUACAUAUAAAUUGUGACCGUAAAACAUAAGGAACUUUUUAUUAUGAGCAAAAAUCAACAAAAUUUACGUAUUUAUAAAGGGCGAAGGAACAAAUUCUUUACCAAAAUUACAUGUCACUGCAAAGACGAUUUAAUGAAAUUGAAACGCUUGUCAGUUAACUUG